AGCUGAGUCAGCCAUCUUGAAUUUGCCUUGAUGCGGUGAAGUUUUGGCUAUCCCGUGUGGACUUGGAACACUGUUUAAUUUGUUUUUAUUUGUUUGCAAUGCGCACUUUUAUCCCUCCGCUUCAAACCACCACCACCUCAGCUUUUGUCAUUGGUCUUAUUGCCCUCGUUUUCUUAAGCGCCGUCUUCUCAUCAGCCCUGAUUUGGCUCAAGUGUGUGGUUGGGAGAUCAUCUCGAAAUCGUUUAAACACUUCAGAUAUCGGACCACAAAAAGUGCUACCAAGAGUCAGCGUUUCGUCAUCAGACAGGUGCCAAUAGGAACCAAAAGAUGGCUGCUGCCCAGAAGCAUGUGCUGCGUGUGUAUGUUGCACGAGACACUGCCGUGAAAUUUAUUCUACUUGAGCGACCAAAGUCAGUGGAGGAGCUGAAACAAAUAAUGCAAGAGAGGUUCAAGCCGAGACUGGAUGGGGACUUUAGCCUGCACUAUGAGGAUCCAGACUUUGAUGGUGAUCUUUGUCUUCUUGUGGACAUCCAGGAGUUACCAGAGAAGGGCACAUUGAGAGUCAUCAGACCUGAAGGUGACACCUCAUCUACUGCAUCUUCCGACACAGACAUACUCCCACAUGUACCUGCGUUACAGCGCCAGAAGAGUUGGCCUGAUAACUUUGUGGUUCCUGGUUUUGGUUAUGAAGUGGAGCAUAUACUAGAAGAAGGAAAUCGUAUUUAUGAAGAAUCAGGAAAAUUGCUGAAGUUAAAGAGGUCACAGAAGAGUGAAAUCCUUAAGAAAAUGGCAGAAAUGAUCUACAGUUUUAAACCAUACCCACAUGAAAAGGAAUUGGCAAUGGCUGCUCAAGCUUUGAUUACAGCUCAUCCAUGUCUAAGAAUGACGGCUGGUGAAGACGGGGAGUUGGGAUGGAAACGUCACAUAGGGUACAAGGUUGCGUCUUACCGUAACAAUCUGGCCAAAGCUGGGGUUGCUGAAGUAGCCAUCAACACAGGGAGGCGGAGCCGAAACAACCCCGACAAUGAUCACCCCCAUCAAAACAUAAAGAAAGCUCGAAAAGCUGAGGUCAACUACAUCAUCAACCUACCAAAAGAUCAAACCCCAGCCACUCUGGAAACAAUGAGAAAAGAAAUCCUAUAUGAAGUCGAAAAGACUGAGAGAAACCAAUUAGUCAUAGGCAAGCUCAUGAACACAACCUAUGCCCUUCGUCGCCAAGAAAUUGUUGGAGCUCUUGUUGCUCCACGGGUGAGAGACGUCGUGGACAGAUGGCCAGCCCUACUUAUGGAGUCACAGGUAUAA